UCAGACUUCAUUGGUUGUAUAUAUCUAUUAUUUUCAUUGAGGACAAGUAUCCUAUAUUUUCAAUCUCUUUUAGGUACAGGACCAUAUAUAUAUAUAUAUAUAUAUAUAUUGAUAAAAGCAAUUAAAUUUAACUCUCUUUAGUUUCCUAAUUUAGUUUGUGUCAGUUGUUUUUUUUUUCCUCCCUAUUUUCUUUUCAUUCUAGCUUGUCUCACAUUUUUCCUACGACCCAAACAGAGAUACAAGGUUUUUACCUUUUUGAUCAAUGCCAAAAAUUUAUACCUAAGGAAGGAUAAGGAGUUGGCAGUUAAGUUACAGGGUGAAGCCAAAAUAGUCAUCAUAUGUUCUCUCUCCCUAGUAGGGUUAUCUACCUUAUGGUGAAUUCACUGUACUCUAGUCAAUUAUAUGAUUAUCAUCUUAUUAUCCUUUUUUCCUCUGGUUAAGUGAUGGACAGCCUCUAGAACAAUUCAUUGUUGUAUAGCUUUCGGCAUUUAAUAGCGAAGUAGGAUUCCAACCAAAUUAAUCAUUGGAUUUAGAGGUAAGAACUUAGUAAUUUGAUUAAGUACUAAUGUGUUUCAAAGAGGGUACCUUGAUAUGACUCUGCCUCUACUUGACCUUGGUCAGUCUAAGUUAAAAGGAGCUCUGAUUAAAGGUUCAAAUAAGAAAAACUUUAUUCUCAAAGCCCAUAGGACAAAUGCUAUCAUGAAAGUAAUGAUCAUAACUCCACAUUAUGAUGUCAUUAGGGUAAUCCUUAGACAAAAAGUUAUUAUGGAGGUCAUGCAUACCAACUAUGCUCUCAUCCCCAGUCUUCACAGUUAUCUUUCUAAUAUUUGAACUCAAUCUUUACAACCAUUUGGACACAGGCAAAAUUUGUUAGCUGUAAAUCCUCUAAGAAAUUUCAAGACUUUUAAGUGCUUGUAGAAUGAAUAGUGUCGAGAAUUUAUGCUUAUAAUAGAUGAAGAAACAUUUUUCUAUGAUAAUUUGUAGAUAUAUUUAGGCUUGCUAUACCCGCCAUUGGUAAAUUUUGAAGCUUAAACUGUGAUCCACGAACCUAGCUAGGUCCAGGGUGUAACAGAAUGCUAUUAGAGAUAGGUUAUGGCAAUGAAUCAAGCAGGAGUCCUCACUUGAUCAAGCCAAAAUUGCUUUAUUUUCAUUUCAUCCAAAGAAUGAUCCUUGCGGCAUAAGACAACUGUAGGGUUUCUUUAAUAAUAGAAACAAGAUAUGCUCUUUAUUUUCAAAGAAUGAUCCGAGGAGCAAGUGUUUUAGAUAAUAUUUUGUUGAAUUCAUAGCUAGUAUUAGCUGCUAUAUCCACCAGUAAUAAAUGAUAAAGCUUAAAUCAUAAUCCAUCUAGGGUGUGUUAGAAUGGUAUUAGAGUCAGGUUGAUCAAUCAAGUGAAAAGUCCUUAUCCUCAAUUCAUCUAGACGAUUAUCGAUGGGGCAUAACACAAAGCAGGAUUUCUCCAUGAUGCAAUUUUCAUUUUGAUUCAGCAGAUCAAUCAGUGGCAGUGCAGGUUCUUUUUUUAUUUUUUUAUUUUAUUUUAUUUUUCAAUAAUACCAAAAAAAUAGAUUUUUUUAUUCAAUUGCAGGAAGAAAAAACAUAGAAACAAUGUCAAAUAACAUGGAUUCAAAAACUAUGAGUCAAGUUCAACCAAACCAAACAUAUCCUUUAAUCUGAUCAUUUAUGAAAAUGAGAACACUUUUUAAAAAUAUAGUUUUAUUUAUGGCAUAUUGGUCAGGUAUUUGAGCCCCAAGAAUCCUGCAACAUUUUCUAACAUUUGAACUCAAUCCUUGCAACCAUUUGUACAUGGGCAAAUUCAAUAGCUGCAAAUCCUCUUCAAAAUCCCUCAACACUGUGAGACAAAGAUUUGUCUCCUCCCCUAUUUGUGAAAAUAUAGUUGAUAAUUAAACUUUCAUAAACAUUUUUGUAUGUUUAUUUGCUGGGUUAAUAGGUAUAAGCUUGCCAUAUCCACCACUAAUAAAUGGUGAAGUUCAAAUGCUGAUCCAUGAAACUGGGUCGAGGGUGUGACAGAAUGGUAUAAGGGUCAGCCUUUGGCAAUCACUUAAGCAGGACUGCUCAACCAAUCUUGCCAAAAUUCCUUAUUCUCAUCCCAAGGAUGAUUCUUAUGACACAAUACAAACUUUAGGGUUCCUUUAAUAGAAUUAAGACUCUCGUUUUUCAUUUUUAAAACUUCCUAUUUUAGCUCAAUUAAUUCCGUACCACAAUAUAUAGGGAAAAGAUAUGCUUUCACUGGACUACUCAUCAAUCUUCUUUUACUAUGUUUUUUUUUUUUUUUCUUCUUCUGAUUCAUAUUUAGUUAGCUUUGAAUAUCUAAUCUUCCGAUUCAUCAACCAUAUAUAUGCUGAAUUUUAGUGUUGGAGUUAUUAGGCAGAAUAUACUUUGAUCAUCCGGAGAAGCUGUGCCCUUCUGUAAAUGUAGCUGGAGUUAGAUGCUGGAUUUUACCUUUUAUCGACCAUUUCAAUGGAGUUUGAUGGUGGACCUUUGCUUUUGUCUUUUCAUUUUUCCCUUCUUGAACUAUUGGAGACUGCAGUGGGUCCAGCAAAGAAGAAAACCAAAGGAGUGGAGUUGUGCCCUCUGUCAAACCAGUGAACAAGGUUUUAACCAGAAUCUUGAAGGGAAGGAGCAGAAGUCAAUGACAUCGAUAGAGACGUGAGGCUUAACAUGCCAGCAUUGGCAUAAAGGAGAGGACCGCCACUGAAUGGGAAAGAAGAAACCGAACUUUCCUUGAAAAGUAAAGUGAAGGGUAUUGAUUAAUCUUCCAUUUCACCCAGCCUCAAUGGAUUCCAGGUUUUUGACAAACACUCAGAGCAGGAUAACUUAUUUUUCACCUUCAUCAAGCAAUCUAUCCUACUUUCAACAGCAAGCAUUGCAAGCUGGAAUGAAUGGUGUUUAUCUUACAAGGAGCGAGUAUGUGAGAGGUGGUGUUGGUACAAGCGAAAUGAUUCAAUGUGAGAUUGAGAAAGAGCAAAUUCGUGAGGAGAUAAUAGGAGCAGAGAUUGCACGGUUGUGCAUGUUGGAAGCUGAACGCAGAAGAGAAAUACUAAUGAAUAGAGACUCUGCUCUACAAAUGUCACUAGGAUUUCUAACGACAUAUGAUGGAACUUCUAAUGAAAGGUUAACUUCUUUAGCUCCAUCCACAGUUGGGGCCUUCAACAGGAUGCAUCAAUCUAGUGAAAGGUUGUCUCCUUUGGCUCCAUCUUCUGUUGGGGUCUUCAACAGGAUGCAUGAAUUUAGUGAAAAGUUGUCUCCUUUGGCUCCAUCUGCAGUUGGGGUCUUCAACAGGAUGCAUGAAUUUAGUGAAAAGUUGUCUCCCUUGGCUCCAUCUGCAGUUGGGGUUUUCAACAGGAUGCAUGAAUUUGAAUUUAGUGAAAAGUUGUCUCCCUUGGCUCCAUCUGCAGUUGGGGCCUUCAACAGGAUGCACGAAUUUAGUGAAAAGUUGUCUCCCUUGGCUCCAUCUGCAGUUGGGGUCUUCAACAGGAUGCAUCGAUUUGGUGAAAGAUUCUCCUUUGGCUCCAUCUGCAGUUGGGGUCUCCAACAGGAUGCAUCACUUUGGUGGGACGUGUGACAAUGAAAGGCUGUCUCCUUUGGCUCCAUCUGCAGUUGAAGUCUUUAAUAGAAUGUCCCUUGAGGGUGACUCGUCAUUUCAGGAGGAGCUGGAUGGUAACAAAGACUCUACAAAUGUUAACUCUAGUAUUUACGAGAAAAAGCGGACAGAAGGACAGGCAGCAGAAGGAGAUUGUGAGCAUCCUGUGGCUAUAGUAAACAAAAAAUCUGAGUGGAGUUGUGCUCUAUGUCAAGUUAGCACCACCAGUGAACAGAGUCUCAAUGAUCAUCUUCAAGUGAAGAAACAUAAGUCAAAGGCAUCUAAACUCAAGGCUAAAAAGACCAGCAUUGGAAGUUCGGUCUCAAAGUCAGGGAAAGGGAAGAAGGAGAAGGCUGCCAAACAAGGGAAGUUGUUGCUACUGCAAUAGAGGCUAGUCUUGGACAGUGAAACACGGUGGAACCAUAGAACUUGUACAGUGCGAUGUGGGAGCGAAAAUGACCCACUUCCUUCUAAGUAAAUAUUGUUGGUUCUUUGCCCAAUGGGUCUUCACAGCUUUAAAAGUAUCUACAUAGUUAAAACAAGCUCAAACAUAUAUAUUGUCAGGGUAUCACUAUCACUCCUAUGCAAAUAUAAUAUUCUUGUUAUAUUUCAUGGGAUUAUGAAGUCAAAUACAUAAACAUAUAUCCCUUGUGGGGCUCGAUAGACAAAGAUCCACAAUGAGGUUGAAACUUUGGUGGUACCUUUCUACAAUGACCUACACCUUCCUA